GUCCAUCAUUAUUAAGUUCAACAGAUUUACAUACAUUAAGUUCACCGAACCGAUCUAUUGGUAGUAUAGUUCAUGUUUUAUGUCAAAAUGUAACGGUAGCCGUAAUGAAAUGUUUGACGGGACAGCAGUGGAACGGAACUAAACCGACAUGUUUAACAGACAAGACACCAGUGACGAAGACGACACUAGAUAGAAGCAAUGAGGAAAAAAUAAAAGUAGAGACUAUUAUUAUUAUAGUAUGGGUGUUAGGUGGUAUAUUAUUAUUUGCCAUGUUAAUCUUACUAACAGUUAUUGUUACUGCUCGACGUAAAGUUGGAUUAAGACGACAAGCAGAAAGAAGAACAUCCGUAUUUACAGUGGCUGCUGAAAGCCGGAGAGGAGGGGGGGAUAAUCCCGCCUUUACAAGAGAAAACGAGGGUGUAAACUGGAGUUUACAUAGAAAUUCAGAACGAUUGCCGCCAUCUUAUCGAGAAGCUAUGCUUGACCGACCACCAAGGUUAGAAAUCCCCCGAGGGCAACAAGUUACCAAUCAAAGAACAGCGACGACAUCUGGUGCAUCGCAAGAUGAUAAUAGCAGACGAUAUGCACAAGAGUAUCCAUCUUGUUUUUGGGAGGAAGAACCUCCCCCGCCUUAUAGUUUAUUUGCUGAUGAUAGACAUAUACAUGCCAGUGACCGUGCAGUGAAUAUCGAUAGAACAAGAAGCACCCGACUAACAACAAAUUCCACAAAUAGAGCUACUGUUACCGGCGACACUUCUACUGGUCUACUAACAUCAACAGCACAAAUACAUCAACAACCUUCAUCGGUUUCACAACCACAACUAGCCAUACCACAACCACAGCAACAACACCCAGCUAGAACACCGACUUCGGCACAAGCGGAUUCUUCCAGAAGGCAUAUUACUGUAUAUCGUAGAGAGCGACCAUCGGCUAGUCCACAGAUUGUUAGAAGUAACAGCAGUAACACCAACAGUAGUAAUAACAACACGUCUAGAGUAAAUACCCAACAGUACAGAUGUGGGAGAAUAGAGGCCAGUGCACCAUUAGCACGAUUGGAGAUUGAAUAUUUUUGAAGAUGUGCACUGAUUAGAGAUAUACCAAUGUCAAGUCUUCCGGAUAAAAUACCAUUGUAUAUUUGAUGACGGCUGUUCACAAAGUUGAGUGGUUUGUCUAACGUAGCCUAAACGUCUGUCCUCCGGUCUGUUUAUAUUGUAAAGAUCACCCAGAUAAAUUUUCUUAACUGAUGAAAAUGUCCGAAAGGAUGAGGAUUUUUCCAGCAGAUUAUUAUUGUUACUUAUAUACAUGUAUACAUAUUGUAUGAUAUUGUCUAUACCAAAUGUGCUUUAUUAAUGAUAUUAUGGUGCUAUACCAUAUCAGUAUUACCUUAAAAUCCGUUGUAUGUUAAACUUGCUUAUUGUCUCUUGUAAUAUUUUACUUAUAUAUGAGCUAAUCGUUUCACGUAUUUAUUGUUUUGUUUAUUUCUUACAUACCACUUUGUCUUAUUGUGUGAUAUAUACCUUGCCUUAUUAUAUACGUCCACAAAAUAUAUCUCAUUCGUUCAUCAAUCAUUUGCUUCAGUUGUAUGUAUACUGUCGUUCAUAAAUAACGCAACUAUUCAGCCGUCCAAUAGAAGCUAUACCAAUACUUUCACAUAGCCCGUAAUAAUAAAUACCCUGUAUGUUGAAAAGAUGUGGAAAAUGAAAAUGGAACAGACUAAUAGUUAUCAGAUAUAUUUAGUUGUAUUUUGGUGGCAUUUGUAACACCGUUUCAGUUCUAUUAUCCGAAUUAACAGGGUUUUAAAUAACUAGGAAUUUAUUCUUGGUAUAGUUUCUUUUAUGAUCUAGCAUAGCUCUGUGGCCAUCAUGUACGUGUUUAUUGACUUUCCAAAGUGCAGUAAUUUUGACCAGAGUAAUCUUGCUAAGGGGGGUUGGAUGGCCGAAUGGUUAGCACGCGCGCGCUGUAUCAUACGGUCUGUCAUUGAGUUAACUGGCGGGGUUUCGAUUGCCCGGUUGUAUGUGACAAGGAGUAGGGUCGCCUGUCCAUCCGCGUGGGUUUUCUCCGGGUCCUCCGGUUUCCUCCCACUGCUAAAGACCCCUACGCGCAAGCGAAUUAUUGAAAUAAAAAAAUUAAACCAUAUGUUAGUCCCGAAAUGACCUAGUUUGUGCCGAGUGGACGUUAAACCCUAUUCUCUCUCUCUCUCUCUCUCUCUCUCUCUCUCUCUCUCUCAGCCAUGACAUACGCUCAUUUUCAUGGACAGCCUUACGCACUCAGUCACACUAACCCUUAUUUGUUGGUGGUUUUUUAAUCUUUUAGACUAUUCCACUCGAAACCUAUAGAGCAACAUUUAUUAAUUAUCCAGUUUUUCUCAUCCUUUCCCUAUAAGAGGCAGCUUUUUAAAUUGCACUAUUAUCUUUUUAUAGUUACUAAAUAUUAUAUCAUCUAGUCAAUUACAUGAUAUUAUACAAAUACUCAACAAUUUAAUAUCAAUAAUAUAUAUUAAUAACUUGAAUGAGUUAUCCUAUUCUAAGAUUGCACAAGGUGAUAAUAAGUUGAUCCUACAUAUCAGAGGUCCCACAUACUGAGUCACCGAUGCUAUCGAAUUAUGAUUGAACAACAAUAUAUACAAAUCUAGAAUGAGCAAUUUUACCUCCCUGGGAAGGCGAAAUUUAUCCCUUGGAGGUAAAUUUAUCCCAGGCUGGGAUAGACUAAUAUCUUUUCGAGAUGUAUUUUUUUUUCAUUUAACAGCGGAGGCCACGCCAAUUUAAAUAUUAGCUCUGCGGGAACACCUAAUACAAUGUUGCUAUAUUUCUUGUCAAAAAGAAAAGAAAAACAACAUUAAACACGAAAACACGUGGUGUAGUAGCUACACAAAUAUUUGAAUAAUUUUUAAAGUGUAUAUAUUUAAAUAAAGAUUGUUUUAUGUGUAUUAGAUAAGUAGUAUAUUAAUUGUAUCAUUUAAAUCAAAAAUCAUUGUAUUCAGAACAAGAUCAUCGCUAGUCUUCCAAAGAAAUUGUAUAUUUGUCAGUAUUAUCACAGUUUUAGUCCAAAUGUUUUUUAUUCUUUAU